UAAUGUAACCUUUAAGUCCUCAGACAAAUUGUAAUGGCCAUAUGAGUUGGAGUAUAGCCCUGAAUUUUUCUUUCACUUUCCAUUUUACAUUGAGCUCUGCACAUGAUAUAAAUUCUGACAUUACAUACACCACCAGAUUCAAAAGCUAUUAGUGAUCUGUCUGGUAUUACAACUAUGGCAAUUGUUUAUGUUGAGCUUCAUUUGAAAAGAUAAUUCUGAUAUGAAUUUAUUUUCUGGGCACUAAUGCCGGCUGCAGUUGAAUGUAGCAUAGUUUACUUUCUGGCCAUGAAUAUAAAAUCAAUAGGGAUGGCCUGCAUGGCACGUGUUUAUGCAGUUAAAAGAUUACAUCAUAGCACCAACUCUAAUAUUCAGAUGUGUGUGGAUAUUUUCUCACUGAAUAAAACUUAAAUGAACUGAAACAUCUCAGAUAUAAAAAUAUCUCAUUUGAAUACAGGACAUCUGAUAAAGGAAUAAUACCUUCCCCCAAAUGAUUUGUUUAGAAAUGACUCCUUUUAAUUCUCAAAGAAAACUUUUUCUUGCAUGACUUGACGUUGAACAAAGAAUCCCAACGUAUACAUAUAUUAAUGUUAAUAUAUAUAACAGCAAAACUAAAUCAAAACCUCAGGAAGACAACCAAUGCACUAUCAUCCUUAAAGUGUUUUAAAUAAGAAUUGAAGGUAGUCAGACAGGAUAAUAAAUUGUUUAACAAAUGGUAAUUUUGUGCUGCUGAUGAAAAUGAAUUGGGUGUAAGGACUAAUGUGAUUGGAUCCUCCCCAUGCUGUAAUCAGUGUGCUGGCUGCUGCAGCUGGGCCUGCUGACAGGCACCAGGUGAAAGACGUCAUGUUGAUUGAUGCCUCUCAGGAACAAGGUAUAAGAACAUGCACUGUGUCAGUAGCAAGCAUGCAGUCAUGAUGGGUUCAUUUUGUCAAGGUGCACUGCUUCUGAGCUUGGCAGCUGCCAUGGCGGUAUAUGCAGACAUGAAAGUGGACUGUGGGCCAGAUUUUGUGACGCUGAUGUGGACAGAAAGCCGACCCCAGGCCGACACGUCGCUUCUCCGUCUAGGUAGCUGUUUCCCAACCAGCUUCUCAGCAGGAGAGGCCUACUUCUAUGUGGAUCUCACUGACUGUAACUUUAGGAUACUGGUCACCGGGGAUGUGCUGCUGUACAGCAAUGAUCUGACCUACGUUGCUUCUGAUGAUUCUUACAAUUUGGCCUUCACUCACCCAGUUGUCUGUGCAUAUGAGAGACCCAAAGACUGGUAUUCCAGCCAGCAGAUCUAUGACCCGGUGUUUAAAACCUACGGUCUAGGAGAUCUGCAGUUUACCAUUGGCCUUAUGAAUGACGACUUCUCAGGCCCCGCUGAAUCUACAAGCUUUCCUCUGGGCUCCAUCAUCCCCAUCAUGGCUAGUGUGGUGCAGAAGACCCAUCAGCCCUUGCUGCUGCUUCUUGAGGAAUGUGUAGCAGCUACCACACCAGAGCUGUACCCUGAAAGCACCAUGUACCCUAUAAUCUCCAAUAAAGGAUGUCUUUUGGAAAGUGUGUCGUCACAAUCAAAAUUUGAACCGAGGCAAAAGUCAUCGGAGAUGCGCCUAUCACUUCAGACCUUUAAGUUUGCUAUGGGAGAAGAGGUCUUUAUCCACUGCAAACUUUUGGCUUGGGAUCCCAAUGGUCUUGACAACACUAAGAAAGCCUGCCACUUUGUCAAAGGGCAUGGUUGGGAGUUGCUGGACAACUUGGCCCAGAGCAAUCUUUGUGACUGCUGUGAAUCGAAAUGCAAGUCAAGGAGGCAGAGGAGUGUUGCGUCAGAGAAACAUGGAAUGGUGCAAAAAGCAGUCAUUGGGCCAUUUACCAUCACAGAUGUGAAUUCCUGAAGGAAUGGAUCCAUUUCCCUGACUGGGUUCUUCAAUCUGAAUUCGGGUUUUAUUGUUUCAUAAGCUUAGUGCAAGCCUGUCUCUUUGCAUUUCAGAUUGUAUGUUGCUAAUAAAAUAAUGUAUCUGAACCACUUAAUUGAAGUUCUCAAAUUCUUAAGUUUGACUUGCCUUUUGUGUGAAAUGGUUUAAACUAAGCUGUUUUACUGAAUCAUGAUGACCUAAUUUCUGACUAAAACAAAGAUGCACACAUCUGGUUGCAAUAAAUGGUUUGUUUUGGGAACAUUUCCA